CGAUUGUAUUGCUUCAUCAGAAAAUGAACAAUCUGUCAAAUAAUAAGAAAGUUGAUUUGGUAUUUAUUUUGGUCUUUAAUUGACCUUAAAAAAGAAUAUUUUGAAUUAGUACUACUAACUAUUUUAUUAUUCUAUAAGAAAUAAGUUACGGAAGAAAGCGUCAAUUUCCACAUAAAACUAAAUCGAGCCAGGUCAAGGCAAUACGGUAGAAGAGCGUAGUAACAUUUUUAAUUAAUUCGUAUUUAUUCAUACACAGUUCAAGGUUCAUACAUAUUGACGGCUGACGGACGGCACAAAAACGUAAACAUAAUACAUAGUGCCUACAAUAUCAUAUUAUCCGAGUAAUAACAAUGAACGGUAUCAUUCUGAUAAUGUAAAUAAGUCAGAUAAAGAAAUAUAAAGUUUUAUUACUGUAGAUAUCCUCCACUUUGUCCAAGUGAAACCACCAACGAGUCAGGAUGGACGUAAUAAUAAAAGUAAAUAACCAAAGCAGUGGGAGAGACAAAUUAGCAAGGCUUAUUCAGUACACAAGCCGUCUUGUCUGGCAUCAACUAGAAAUCAGGAAUGCUAACAAAUACUCUGUUGACAGAAUAAAAAAUCUUGAACUAACAUUUAGUUCGUUCAGAAAAAUUCUAAGGCUUGGGAGAUGCAUAGACAUUUGUUACACUGCCUUAAACAGCAUGCAUAUUGAAGACCCCAUCUUGAGAGUUACAUUGACUGUAAGCAAGUUGGCACAUGCACUGUUCCUCUACUCCGACCAUAUAGUUUGGCUGACUAAAAGUGGAUUCCUUAAAACAGACUCUGAAAAAUGGAAUAGAACAGCAAAUAAAUUCUGGCUUAUUUCAAUUAUUGCGAACUUAGCCAGAGAUUUCUAUGAAAUUGUCCACCUUAUGGAUUUACAUCGGGCAUCUUUCUUGAAGCCUUCUGAACUUCUGAAUUCUUCUAGAAAUCAUGAUUUGAAUGGUAGCAUUAAGUACAUGUAUAUGUUGAUGUCCUGCCAUAAAGAUGUAUUUAUUGAUACUUUAAAGAAUUCUUGUGACAUGUUCAUUCCACUCACUGCAUUAGGUGUUACAAAAUUAAGUCCAAGCACUGUAGGAGUACUUGGGGCUAUUUCCUCAUUGGCUGCACUAGUAACUAUUGUAAAACCAAUAACUAAACUAGUGCCUGCUUGAAUUAUGAUGAUUUGUUUUUGUGGUGCUGGGCUUAUGUAUCUAACUAAAUUGUGAUAUUGCAAAU